CGCAAAAGCCGCAUGUGGCUCUGUUUUAGCAAUAUCAAACAGAGCUUGGAUUUCCUUCACCCAUUCAUUUACCUUUCCGGUUACGUACUCCAUCUUGAAGUCAUUCGUGCCAAUUACCGAACCUAGAUGUCUUUGGUCGUCCUUUGUCAUUUUGAUCUCACGUCCGCCGAACACCGCCAAUGCCCGUUCAUAAUGUUCUGGCUUCACUACAACUAUGGAUCACAGCAUUACCACCCAUUAUCUUAAUCUCGACAUCUUGAGACUGCAUUGUAGUGUUCUCCUCAAGACUAGGAAGAAGAUCUGACGUUUUGGUAGGUCAAAUGAGGGGAGAUACUUGGUUUUCGUGUUUGAAGAACUACAACAAUUUGCCUUAUCUUCCUUGACAGGUUUUGUCCGUCCUAGAAGACAGAUUAGAACCCCUUUCAGUGCUACACAUCUUGUAUCAGAAUCACCAAACAAUGGUAGGACAUUCAGUGUUUUGCCUAGCUGGUAGAUUAUAUUGACAGAAGCGAUUGACAUUUUUAGUAUCAAGGCAAUAGAAGUCUCUAGUCUCUUCGGUGAAGGAAUUGCCCAUUUCUUCUAUUACUGUCACAAUAUCUUUAACAAGCUUGCAAAGGCUUUCUGAACUGCAAGUGUCUGUUCAUGAUGCCAUGUGUCACUACUACCAUUGUUCAAGAAUGUUCCUUCAACUCUUUUACAACUCUGGCCCUUUCCGGUACAGCUAUCAUCCAUAGCCUUAGACCAGAUGGUUUUCGGUUAGCCCUAUAACUCUGCCAUCUACUUUGAUUUGCCUUGUUGUCCUGUUGAUGAUUGUGAUCCAAGGCAAUCAUUGAGAAUAGAUGGAUUUUUUUUUAACAACAGAUUUUCCAUACCAUUACAUUCCUGAACGAAGGAGAGAAAGUUUUGGUUCCGUUGCCCUCUAGUCAUGAUAAGUUACUGACGCAAUGGCGUGGUCCCUAUCAUAUUGUUGGUUCCAGAGACAAUGGCGUGGAUUACCUAGUUAAAGUGCUUGGGAAAACAAAACUAUUCCAUAUACUUGCGAAAUGUUUUCGCCAUGACACUAAGCAUAUCUCUAAAGCAGUGUUCCUCAACGUCCCACAUCGCAUUCCUCCCUAGCGAUCCCAGGCUCUUUCAAAUCCUCUUCAUCCUUGAAUCAGCAUGAAAGAAUGAAGUAUUUGCAUCAUUGGUUAUACUUUAUUUUUACCAUAGUAAUUAUUGAAAUUCAGUUAGUCUACAAAACAAAACAAUUAUUGUCUAAUUAUUAAUUAAAGGUGAUUAUUUUACUAAAAAUGAAGGCAGAAAUAAGAAGCAACUUUUAUUAUUACAAAACUUCAUGAACAAAUAAUUAAAUUAAAGGUGGUUAUUUGACCAAAAAAUUAAAUAAGAAAAAACUUUGGUUUCAGACUUAUAACUAUUAUAAUCAGAUUUCUAUUCGAAUAGUACAACUUUAAUGAGAACCUUGAGCCUCGUACUGAGAAAUUAAAUGAGAAAAUCAAGGAACAAAACAAGUCAAUUUUGCUUGAAGAUCGCCACGCUCACAAAUGUUGAUACGUUCUCUUUUUUUCCGUCAAAGUAUUCGCAACAGCACUGAAGGCACAUUCAACCAAGUAUGUGGUCGGAAAUGGCAGAAGAAUUUGCUGGGCUUCUGUAGCUGACUUGGGGAUCCAUCCACAUCAUUUUUUUUUUUUUGAGGCUUGGAUCAGUUUCACGCUGUCAUCCUUUUGUAAGUCCAUCAACAGGUCGAUCUAAUCAGAGUCCAUAGCCAGACACUCAUUAUUUUCACAGUUAAAAAGAAAUGGCUUAGUAGUCCAAAAGGAAAGUUAAAUUGUUUGAGAUCGGUAAAUCUGUCGCUCAACUCAACAUGCAGGUUGGAAAGAUGUUCAGAGAUGAUUCGGAGGACACCAUCCGAUGGUUCACAUUUGCUGAGAUGCGUGAAUUGGGGCAGAUUAUACUUCAAGAUCUGGGCCCUCCAAAAGUUCAGUUUGCUUAUAAACCAACAGAUUUUGGUUUUGCCGUCCAUGAGAAUUUUUUGUUCACCCUGCAGUUCCUUAUUGAAAGCGUUCACCAGACAUGGAGGCAGGCAUCAGACGAGUGUAGUUGACCUGGCGCUCACUAGAUGGUAGCAAACAAUAUCUGGCGCGGUUUUCAGGGAUGGAGAACUAUACAUAAUCCUCCCAAAUUCAAUCCCUGGCCAAAAUUCCUCCCCCGGGGUCCAAAAGGACCUCGUUGAGAACCACUACUCUAUAGGUAAUGAGAGUGAUGUUGUUCACGUCUGUGUAUUAGGAGAUGAUAGUAAAUGAUGGUUACACGUGAACCCGUUUUUCUUGAUACCACUGUUAAUAAUGUUCUAAACUUUGGUCCUAAGUUAGAACUUGGUGUAAAUGAGCCUCAACUCCCUCAUUCUGCUCGCCUGUAAUAUUUGUUGAAAAAGCUAAUGGUAACUGACCUUUUUUGCAUAGGCUUUCGAGCUCUUAAUGAUGUGUCAGAGAUUGACGCUGAGCUCAUGCCACCCACUGAUGAGGCACUAAAACAUUUUGAUAUUGAUUGCUAUUUUUAUGAACUGGAUCAUGUAAAUGAUACUGACAUAUCCCACUGUCUAAGGAGAAUAAGAUGCAUACAGCGUUUGGUACUCAGAAGGGCCUUAUGCAGUUUAGGGUUAUGCCAUUUAGCCUUAAGAUAGCAUGUCUUACCUUUAUUAGGCUCACGAGAGGAGUAUUCCUUGAUUUAAAGAGGACCAAAUUUAUUUUGAUAAUGUUGUUGUUCACAAUAAUAUGUGGUCUGAACAUCUUUAUGACUUAAGAGAACUCCAGUUUAGGUUACAUAGGCACCGCUUAACUGCCUUUCGAAGUAACAGCUAUUCAAUCAAUGCCCCAUCCUCAAAGUAAGACAUAAAUAAGAUCCUUUAAUGUUAUAGUUUCUUAUUACUGCAUGCAAGUUCCUAACUUUACUGGUAUUGCUGCCAGAUGAAUUACUUACUAAAAAGGAGUAAACUUAAUAAACUAGAUUGGAACAAAGUUCAGAUCAGCUGUAUUAAUGAACUAAAGUCUAAGAUCUCUUGUAAGACACUUCUUGGCUUGUCUGAUUAUUCGCGAACUUUCUUUUUGAGGUCAGAUGCUUCAGAGACGGGGAUAGAGGCCCAUACUUUUAAAAGAAUGCUAGAUAGAGAAUAAUAAUUAUGGAACAAUUUGGAAAAAAUGUUUAGCAAUUAUAUGAGUUAUUUAAAGAUUCAAAUACUAAUUGUAUGGUCAGUAAAUCAAAUUGCAGACGCAGCAUCAACCACUGAAUUUACGCAACUCGAGAAAUAGUAAUGAAAGAUUAAUGCGGUGGUCCAUAUCAUUUAAACAGUGUUAUUCAUACAUGAUUGAAUAUAUCAAGGAGAUAUAAAUAUGAUGUGGGUGCAAAUGUUCUGAGUUAGUGUCCCCUUUGCUUACAGAAUAACACAACCUGCAGAAAAUGGUGGCCAAAAAAUACUAAUUUUAAUUUUAUUAGGAGGCGUUGUCGGGGAAUUUGUUCGAAGGUUGGUAUUCAUUGUAAAAUAUAUAUAUCCCAGUAAUAUAUAUUGAAACCAAUGAUAUUUUUCAGUUGAUUUGUUUUAUGUAAUUGCUCCUAGUUGAUUGUAAUACAUAUUUAAACUAGUAAUAUAUUUUCAACUGUGCAAUUAUAUUUGAUUGGUUAUUUGUUUUUCCCUUACACAACGGCGCUUGCGCGUAGGUAUCAAGGAGGUUCAUUCCACCCAUGACAGGACACUUGCUUGUUUUAGCACUGUUUUGCCUGCUCGUGAGUAUCGUUCUAAGUCUAUUUUCUAUUAAAAAUUUAUCAAAUUUAUAGUGAUAUAUUCAUGAUUCUUAUAUUAUGUAAUUCUUGUAUCAGGCUUUUCUGUGUGGAAAUGUUGUAACACAACGUGUAUGCGCUACUUCUUUUACUGGCAACCAGAGCAAUACCGUGUGACUGACGAGAAGGAUUCCUCCUCCUUCUCUCGUCUACCGAUCGAACUCUUCAUAGCACUAUACCUGAAAUAUUGACCAACUUAACCAUACUUCGUCCCUGUAGUGAUCAAUAUUUAUGUUCAGUACCGUCCACAUUGUUUUUCUAGAUCCAUAAACACAACAAAUUAUUUACUGGCUCGAAAAGAACUCCCCUGUGUUCCUGAAUGUAAAUGUUUGUUCAUUCCACCCUUUUCCCUGACUAACAUUACAAUGCUCCUCCUCUAACACAAUCUUUGAUUUUGCAACAUUUAUUUUCGAAAUGCCUGUUAUAUCCUUUUUUUUUUAUUUCCAAUGUACUUAUUCUCCAAUCUGCCAUUCUUUUAAUAUCUUCCCUCUGUCUUGCAUAACCUAAAUACACUUGUCAUCCAUUCAACCACUUUUCCUUCACCCAUUCAUAACAGUUCCACAGACUCUCAUCAACUCAUAAAGGCUUAUCGUUCUUAGAAAUUACUUUUAGCCGGUCUCGCCUCCUCCUCCUCCUUUCUUAUGAUUUUUAUUGAAUUAAGUUUAAUGUUUUUCAAUAUUACACAAUUGAAACAAGGCAGUUGCUCAAGAGUCUCCCCAUUUUCAUUUUCCUUUCUCCAUGUCCGCAGUACAUUCCGUCCUUUGUCAUUAAAUGUCAUUCCCAUUUGUUCUUUUAGAUUUUUACACAAUUCGCUUCCCGCCUGAGGGACAUCCCUUAAAAACCGUAUAACUUACAGUAAUUUCUUCCAAUUUCUCAGCCCAGUUGUCAACGAAUAAGGAAAAACGUUUAACAAAGAUGUCCCAAACCGACAACGAUCACCAACUAAGGUCAGUGAAGGUAGUGAAUGAACACACACGCUGUUUUAGAGGCUCUGAUACCAAGCACAAUCAGUGUAUAUUACGAAAGAAUUUAGAAAAUAAAACAGAAUCUCCACGAGAAGUGAGAAAAAACUCUGUGGAAGCAGAAUGCAUCAGCAUUCCUGGGGAUGCCUCCAGCACGAAGCGGAAGGACAACCAGGAAGAAGACAACGAGAACUUGAGGCAGGCCAGAGGAAGAGAAGCAUCCAACUGUAAUGGGGCGUGGUCAAUUUUGCUGGGAACUUUCAUAAUUUUGAUGCUGAGCAACAUUAUGGAUACUUGCUUCAGCCUUCUCUUCUCCCCCUUAUUCCUGGACCUGGGCACUUCUUCCACCACCAUUGGCUGGCUCUUCAGUAUCUUGCAGCUUAUGUGGCACAGUGCUGGUCUGUUUCUUGGUCCCCUGGUGAAGGAAUUCGGCUGGAGGAAGGUGGCCAUGAUGAGUUCCAUCAUGAUCUCCUGUUCCGUCAUCCUUUCAGCCUUCGCCACCUCGGCCUUCUUCCUCCUCGUCUCCUUCUCCAUCCUUGGUGGGUUCAGCAGCGGUCUACUUAUAAACCUCUGCUUCCUCAUUGUCCCGCACUACUUCACACGGCGGAGGGGCGUAGCCAAUGCCUGCAUGAUGACUGGUUCGUGCUUGGGGUUGAUGAUAGGACCAGUUAUUGUGGGGUUCCUGCAGGUAGAGUUUGGCUUCUUCAGCGGCACUCUUGUAUUUGGUGCUGUGAUCCUUCACUGCUGCGUUGGCGCAACCCUCAUAGGUACUAUACAGUGUCAAGAAAAGGCAAAUACUUGUUUGGAAAACGUCAAUCAAGAGCCGCACUCGCAAGAUGCCGACAAUAAAAGAAAUAAAUGGGACAAUAUUUCUGACAAUGUAUUCGUCCGUGUGUGUCGAAACAGUGUGACCAACUUGUCCAUCUUGAAAAAUUUACGAGGCACCAUCAUCGCUGUAGGAGGAGUAUUAACAACUAACAGUUGGCUGAAUUUCUUGUCCUUGAUGCCCUUCGCCGUACAGGCAGCUGGUCAUCCCAUCCAGACAACCAGAAUGUACAUGACGGUGUCGGCCGCGUGUAACUUGGUGGCUCGCAUAACAGUGUGUGUGUUGUCUGACUGGUCUGGGUUUAGCAUGAGAGCUUGCUAUAUGACCAGCAUCGCCAUCAUAGCUGUUUCUACACUAGCAUUUAGUAUGGUUACAAACAUAUGGUGGCAGAUGGCAAUCAUGGGCGUGUGGGGCUGUGGUAUGGGCAGCUAUAUGGGAAUCAAUAAUCUGAUCAUCGCUCACUACAUGGGACUCGACGACAUGGCUGCCACUCUGGGGACGAUGUCACUGCUGACUGGCGUCGGCUUCAUCAUCAUAGGACCCUCCAUAGGAAUUGUCCGGGACGUCACCGGCAGCUACGCCGUCAGCAUGUGGGUGUUGGCUGGGCUGGCCGGUUGCUCCUUCUUGCCCUGGAUCUUCAUGCCGGCCGCCGUCCGUUAUGACCACAAGAAACCCAUAACACAACUCUCAUAACCCAUCUUUAAUGUGUCACCACAACCAGUUUCGAACACUGCAAAACACUCUUCCUUUAUAAGAAUAAUAUUGGAUGGUGUCCUGUUGCUUGCACUGGUUAGGUAAAAGAGUUAUCAGUGGUAGGGAUUAUUCUGAAACACUACUUAGUGUUUUCUGUUUUAUUACAAACACACACUUAUAUUUCUUUAUACAACGUAAUAGAUUAUUAAGUUGA